CUACCGCUCGCCAAGUUUCCAAAACCUCCAAAACGGAUGCUGUUCUCACAAGCCAAAAAUUUGGCAGCUUUGCGUUUCAAUUCGUCCGAUUUGUUCAAUGCACAUCGGGUAUCGGUACAGCUACGGCUGGUUGGUGCGUAAUCCACCGCGGUGAAUCAAAACAUUCGUUGUUUCUGUGGACUGUGGAAUAGGUUUUGGUUUUAUCUACAAAACGAACAGAUUUUAAGUUGGUGGUAGAAUAAAACUGCUUAAAUGGAUCACUCGAACUAGAUUCAAUCGAAACAGAGUUUUUUUCCGAUCACGUUUCUGUGCUAUGAAUCAGCGCCUCAAGGACACGAUGAAGUCUGGAUUCGUGUAUUUUCUACUAAUCUGCGGAUUUCUCUUCACGACGUUCUACAAUGUUGCAUCCGAUGUGCAGCUUCCAGCAGCAGCUGGUGAGGCAGGUUCCAUAGCAGGCACCGCUGGAAAGAGUCCUUCGGAUACAAAUGCCACACAAAUUUUGGCCGACAUUGGAAAUCCAGCGCAGGCCACCAAAGAAAACCUUGAAAGAGAAAAACCCAUACCGAAAAAUGCAACCACAACGAUGUCUCCGGAGAAAAAUGCCGUGGAACAGGAGCACUACAGUUCUAUGUCGAUUUUCUUCGUACUUUGUGUGAUAGCACUCGGUAUUCUACUGAUCCAUAUGAUGCUGCAGACUGGAUUCCAGUAUCUGCCGGAAAGCAUUGUCGUCGUCUUUUUGGGAGCCCUUAUCGGCCUGAUACUGAACAACUCAUCCGUCAAACAUAUUGCCAACUGGGAACGGGAGGAAGUCUUUUCUCCGACAGCAUUUUUCCUCGUGCUGUUGCCACCGAUCAUCUUCGAAUCUGGAUACAAUCUGCACAAGGGUAAUUUCUUUCAAAAUAUUGGAUCUAUACUGGUGUUUGCUAUUAUUGGAACGACCAUAUCGGCACUGGUCAUCGGUUCCGGGGUUUAUUUGCUGGGGCUGGCCGAGGUGGCUUACAGGCUAAAUUUCGUGGAAUCUUUUGCCUUCGGUUCGCUAAUUUCGGCCGUGGAUCCAGUCGCAACGGUGGCAAUUUUUCACGCUCUGGAUAUUGACCCGAUACUGAACAUGUUGGUGUUUGGUGAAAGCAUCCUGAAUGAUGCGAUUUCGAUUGUACUAACGACAACCGUGAUGCCGAUGGUCUCCGGUUCGGAUACGGCUGGAAGCUCCGGAACUGGGGAAUCGAUUAUAUCAGCGCUCAACACAUUUUGUUUGAUGUUUUUCGCAUCCGCCGGCAUUGGCGUAGUUUUUGCGCUGAUGAGUGCAUUGCUGCUGAAACAUGUGGAUUUGCGGAAGCAUCCAUCGUUGGAGUUUGGUUUGAUGUUGGUCUUUACGUAUGCCCCGUACGUGCUGGCCGAAGGCAUUCACUUAUCGGGCAUAAUGGCAAUCCUAUUUUGCGGAAUCGUAAUGUCCCAUUAUACCCAUUUUAACCUAUCAACGGUAACGCAAAUCACGAUGCAACAAACGAUGCGUACGCUAGCCUUUAUUGCUGAAACUUGCGUAUUCGCCUAUUUGGGACUGGCGAUCUUCUCCUUCAAACAUCGCUGCGAGCUCUCGUUCGUAAUCUGGGCCAUUGUUUUGUGCCUGAUCGGAAGGGCGUGCAACAUAUUCCCUCUAGCUUGGCUGGUGAAUCGAUUCCGCGAGCACAAAAUUACCAACAAGAUGGCUUUCAUCAUGUGGUUCUCCGGACUGCGGGGUGCCAUUUCCUACGCUCUUUCGCUGCAUCUUCAGUUUUCGACUGAAGAAACGCGACACGUCGUUAUUACGACGACAUUGAUUAUUGUCCUUUUUACGACGCUAUUUUUCGGUGGUUCAACAAUGCCGCUGAUGAAGUACCUAGCCGAGGGAAAGAAAACCCGCCGAGCGAGUCGUGCCAGUCGCCUGGGGAAGAAACGAAAGGAAAAAGCGAUUUCGCUCAGUAAAACGCGAGAAUGGGGACAGGCUAUCGAUUCCGAGCAUCUCUCGGAGCUAACCGAAGAGGAGGAAGUUAGUUUCACCCAGUCCAAGCUGGUCGGCUUUGCGCGACUGGAUAGGAAAUAUUUUACACCGUUUUUCACUAGAAGGUUCACGCAUCAAGAACUACACGACUGUAAGAGCCAAAUGGCUGAUUUAACUAACAAAUGGUACCAGGCGAUCCGAAUUUCUCCGGACGAUUUAGAGGAAGAGGACGACGAAGACGACGAUGGUGCCUCGGUUGCCGCAUCCGAGCGGUCCACCAACAUACUGGUUGAGAACAGUAACGCGCGAGGCAAACAGCACAAAGCACCAUCCGGUGAAUCGAGCUCCCGCCCGAUAAAGUCCUGAUUACAAGAGCGUUCCUCCCUGUGCAAUACCUCGCUGGACGUGGGUGUGGAAAUGUUUUUAUAGAACGGGCAGCUGUGAACUAUGGAGCGAUAUGAAAAUAAUCCAAUCUAUAUUUGUGUAUUUAUUGUAAAGCAACAUAACGAUUUCGAUGGGACGCGUGCUGUGCUGUGUGUUGGAAUGAAAACUAAAAAAAACGUUUAGCUAUUCUACUAUCAAAUUUAUUACUACUACUUCAAACGGUCCGAUCAAUGUUAGGAUCGAAUUGAUGUCUCACUUCAUACCACUAUAUAAUGAGAAUUUUUCGAUCGGCCACAAACCGAUCACUGUAUAUUCUCAACAGUGAUAAAUAGAAUAACGUACUAGUCCGAUUAUUGGUAAGAAAUAUUUUAUAAAUUAUCAUUCCGAUUGGAAUAACUUGUACGGAAGACGGUUAUGAUUUUUAUGCUACUUGGACGUAACGUAUUACAAACAAAACUUAUACAGUAUACGCUUGGGAAAGUGUUUUCUUUAUCUUCAUCAGUAUCUUUGUAGUUUUCUAUCCAAUAUGUUACAUUUAUUCAUUGUUGUAAUACACGUGUUAUGUUGUAACA